AUGCAUAUCUGUAAUCUUUGGAACUACAAAAAUACACAGUUAUAUCUAUCUAUCUAUCUAUCUAUCUAUCUAUCUAUCUAUCUAUCUAUCUAUCUAUACAGGAUUUUUUUUUUAUCUCGCCGCUCGCCUUUUCUAUCUCGCCGAUUUUUUAUCUCGCCGCUCGCCUUUUUCAUCUCGCCGAUUUUUUUAUCGCCGCUCGCCUUUUCUAUCUCGCCGCUCGCCCUUUUCUAUCUCGCCGCUCGCUUUUCUAUCUCGCCGCUCGCCUUUCUAUCUCGCCGCUCGCCUUUUCUAUCUCCUAUUCGCCGCUCGCCUUUUCUAUCUCGCCGCUCGCCUUUUCUAUCUCGCCGCUCGCCUUUUCUAUCUCGCCGCUCGCCUUUCAUCUCGCCGCUCGCCUUUUCUAUUCUUUCUAUCUCGCCGCUCGCUCGCUCGCUUUUCUAUCUCGCCGCUCGCCUUUUUCUAUCUCGCCGCUCGCCUUUUCUAUCUCGCCGCUCGCCCUUUCAUCUCGCCGCUCGCCUUUUCUAUCUCGCCGCUCGCCUUUCAUCUCGCCGCGCCUUUUCUUUUCUAUCUCGCCGCUCUCGCCGCUCGCCUUUCUAUCUCGCCGCUCGCUUUUCUAUCGCCGCUCGCCUUUUCUAUCUCGCCGCUCGCCUUUCAUCCUCGCCGCUCGCCUUUUCUAUCGCCGCUCGCCUUUUCCUUUUUCUCUCGCCGCCUAUCUCGCCGCUCGCCUUUUCUAUCUCGCCGCUCGCCUUUUCUAUUGCCUUUUUCUAUGUCGCCGCUCGCCUUUCUAUAUCGCCGCUCGCCUUUUCUAUCUCGCCGCUCGCCUUUUCUAAUUUCAUCUCGCCGCUCGCCUUUUCUAUCUCGCCAACUCGCCUUUUCUAUCUCGCCGCUCGCCUUUUCUAUCCGCCGCCGCUCCUUUUUCUAUCUCGCCGCUCGCCUUUUCUAUCUCGCCGCUCGCCUUUUCUAUCUCGCCGCUCGCCUUUUCUAUCUCGCCGCUCGCCUUUUCUAUCUCGCCGCUCGCCUAGUCCAAUCUCUUUAUCGCUAUCCACAUUUUUCUCUUAUUUCUACUUCAACUCUACUUUUUUCCGCACUUUCUGUCCUUUUUUUUUUUUUUCUUUUCUCAUUUUGUUUUGCUUACUUUUUUACCCUGUUUUUAUUCUGAUUUCCUUGUCAUCCUCUCUCAUUUUUCGCUUUUCUUUCUCACUUUUCCCCCCUCUCUUUCCCUUCUCUUCCCCUCCCUUUCCCUUCUCUUCCCCCCUCUUUCCCUUCUCUUCCCCCCCUCCUUUCCCUUCUCUCCCCCUCUCUUUCCCUUCUCUUCCCCCUCUUCCCUUCUCUUCCCCCCUCUCUUUCCUUCUCUUCCCCCUUUCUCUCUUUCCCUUCUCUUCCCCUCUUUCCUUCUCUUCCCCCUCUCUUCCCUUCUCUUCCCCCUCUCUUCCCCCCUCUCUUCCCCUCUUUCUCUCUCUUUCCUUCUCUUCCCCCUUCUCUUCCCCUUCCCUUUCUCUUUCCCCUUCUCUCUCUCUUUCCCCCUUCUCUCUCUCUUUCCCUUUCUCUCUCUCUUUCCGCCCUUCUCUCUCUCCUUCCGCCCUUCUCUCUCUCCUUCGCCCCCUCUCUCUCUCUCUCCUUCUCCUCUCUCUCUCUCUCUCCUUCCCCUCUCUCUCCUUCGCCCUCUCUCUCCUUCGCCCCUCUCUCUCUUCGCCCUCUCUCUCCUUCGCCCUUCUCUCUCUCCUUCCCCUCUCUCUCUCUCUCUCUCUCCUUCCCCUCUCUCUCUCUCUCUCUCUCUCCUUCGCCCUUCUCUCUCUCUCUCUCCUUCGCCCUUCUCUCUCUCUCUCUCCUUCGCCCUUCUCUCUCUCUCUCUCUCCUUCCGCCCCCUCUCUCUCUCUCUCCUUCGCCCUUCUCUCUCUCUCUCUCUCUCCUUCGCCCUUCUCUCUCUCUCUCUCUCCUUCGCCCUUCUCUCUCUCUCUCUCUCCUUCGCCCUUCUCUCUCUCUCUCUCUCCUUCGCCCUUCUCUCUUCGCUGUAUAUAG